AUGAAUAAAAAGUGCAGUUCUCAUCCAGAAGUAGAAGAGAAUUAUAUUUGUAUUAAAAAAAAUAGAUUAUUGGAAAAAGAUAGUUUGAACUAAAAAAAUAUUUUGAAAAAUAAUAAAAGUUCAUUACUUAGUUAGUUGAGAAAUAAAACAAAAUUCUGUCAGAAAACAUUAGCAAAGCAAUUAAAAUAUUAAAUCAAUAAUCUGUCUUGAAUAAUCAAAGUAUCGAUAAUUUUAUUAUAUUUACAACUAUGAACGACAAAAAGUAAUAAUUUAUUGAAAAUCAAUAUUCUUAAAUUAAUUAAAUUUUAGAAAGUUAAUUCAAUUAUGAAAUCAAAGAAUUGGAAUUCAGAGUUAGUUAGAUAUCAACUUUUGAAUUUCAGAUUCAUGGUGUUCCUGAUUAUGAGAAGGAAUAAUUUCUUAUUCAUACAGUUGAAAAAAAAAAUUUUAAAUGUGAAUUGCAUGGAGAGAAAAAAAACUAUAUAUGCACACAUUAAGAUUGUUUAAAAUAAUAAGAAUAUCUUUGCUAUGUGUGUGCAAGCAUUAAUCAUUAAAAACAUAUUUAAGAUGGUUUUAUAAAAAAAUAUCAUGAGGUUAAGAAGUAACAGAAUGAUUUGCAUAAAAUAAUUAAUGUAAAAAAGAAUGAUCUCAAAAGAGAUGUUAAAGAAAAAAUUGACACAUAAUUAAAAGUAAUUUAAUAAGAAAAGUUGGAUAAGUGUUUAUAAUUUGAAGAAGUCAAGGAAAAUUUGAAAAUCUUGGAAGUUAAAAUAACUAAUCUUAUUAACAAAAGUCCAACAUAUAUCUAUAAAAAAAUUAAUUAAGAUUUAUUAGGAUUAGAUGAUGAAAUGAUCGAAAAAGAUUUUUAAAAUAAAAAGGAUGAAUUAAGUUAAUUAAUAAUAAAUAGUAAAUUUAUGAACAUAGAAUAAUUUAAUAAUUCAAUCGAAAGUUAUGUUUAAGAAAUACCAAAAUAUAAGUAGGAAAUUGAAAAAUUACACAAAUAAGCUGAACAAAAAGAAAUUCAAAUUUAAGACUUACAAAAUGAAUUAAAGAAUAAUUCAAUCCAGAAAAAGAUUGAGUAAAUUCAUAAUUCUUAAUAAGUUGUUAUUUCUUAAUUAUAAUUUUUAAAAGAGGCAUAGACAGAAUAAGAAAAAUCACUUAAUUAAUAGUUCGCUACAAAAUUAAUAUCGUUAGAACAAUCUAUAAAAAGUAUUAAUGAAAUCAGUUAAAUAAAGUCUUUGUUAGAAGAUUUAGGUAAAACGACCUAAAAGUCAGAUCAUAUAAGGGAUUAAAAAGUUCUAGAUUUAUAAUAAAAUAUCAAAAAAUCAAAUGAUAAGUUAGAAAUUCUUUCAUCUUUGUUUAAAUCUUUUAAUAUUGAAUUAAAAAAGAUAAUUUAUGUAUCAAAAGAUGAAAUAAAUAAAAUCAAUACUGAAAUUUAAAAAUUACAAGAAACUGUUACUGAAAGCAACUAAAUAGAGUUUUUGUAAUAAGAUUUAAUUAAAAACUCAAAAACAUUAGAUUAUAUAAAGGAAAAAAUGAUUCCAGAUUUAAAAUUAGUUGUCAACAAUAAUUCAAAUUAUGGAAUAGCAUAAGUAGUAAAUACUUUAACUCAUAAUAUGAAUAUUUAAAUAAAUAAAAUGAUUCCUUUAAUUUCAAACCAUUUUUAAUAGAUAUUAGGACAAUAAGGUUAGUUUACUAACAAUCAAUCUUCUUAAAGUUUUUAAGGGUAGACCAAUAAUCCUAAUUCUUAACAAAAUAAUAUGAUGAUGUCAAAAAUAAAUUAUUAGCCAUAUUAAUAAUGUUAGAUUAAUAGUAAUGUGAAUAAUAAUUUUUUAAGCAAAUGA